CAUAUUGUUUUUGCCAUCAGCUGUUCGACUCAAAAGUUUUUGCAUGUUUUGUUUAUUUCGCUUAAAAUGUAGUUUUAUCGUUAAUUAGGAAAAGUUACCCACGGUAAAAAAAAACAACCGUCAACAAUUGUUCAGAAACAUCAACUAGUACGACUCAGUGGACACCUCCGUGUGGUACUGCUGCUCGGUUAUGGAUUUGGACUGCGAGGGCGCUACAGCUUUGGCUGACGACUCAGGGCACUUUAGCUGCACUAGCGAUGAUGGAGUAGGAGAUCCUGCUCAGAAACCGGCGCCGCAGCCUGAACCGGACCAAUCGAUUUUUCUGGUGCGGCAAGAGCUGCUUCGGACGCGCAGUGAGGUGCAAAGGCUCUUAAAAUCGGAGCAGUGGUACAAGCAGGAGCUUAAGUCCCAGAAGCACAGCAGGCUACAGACGCUAGAACGAUUGUACGCACAGGAACGGAAGUAUUUGAUGGAGAACCAGAAGCUGCAGCAAGAAUCGAUCCGCCUGCACACACAAUGCGCCACUCUGGAGAAGCAGCAGGAGCAGGGCUCACCAUUUUCCCCUGGCUCAUCGCCGUUUAAAGCAGACUCGGAGUCACACGACUCCUCUUUUGAGGCCAAACAGCAGGAGGCGCGCCUACGGGAUCAGCGUCAGUUGAUCGACGUGCUCCGAAGGCAAAAGAAGAUGCUUCUGGACGACAUCCAGAGGAUCAGUCUGGAACACGAUGAAAAACUUUCGCAGUUGCAGCAAACUGUUGUCGGCAUGGAGCUGGAGAGCAAGCACGUGACUGGAAAAUGCAAGCAACUACUUGACCUUAAAAGUCAAAUGGAGCACCAGCUAGAGCUAAGAAGCACUACCCUACGCAGUGUCACCGCGGAGCGUGAUCAGCUGCGCCAAGUCAUUGCUGAGCUUAACGAGACGCUGCAAACGCAGGAGCAUCUGUUAGCGCUAAAGGAACAGGAGUUCCUGGAUUUGAAACAGUACUACCAACAAAAGCUGAAACGGGAGAGUAGCAUGGAAAUUAUGCACUCUUAUAGCAUGAAAUUUCACGAAGAGAUCAACAGAAAAACGAGUGAAAUUGCCAGCCUUAAGAAUUCUCUUAACGAGCUUCAGGCCGAGCUGAUGCUGAUGUCUCACAUGAAAGAGCAAUGCGAGGAACAGCAGCGUCAGCUUGAGCAACUGGAGUUCGCAUUGCAGGCACAACUUUUGGAGGAGACUCAACUUCGGCAAAGCAAUGCUCUAAAACUGGAGCAGGUGGAAAAUUUAACAAUUUCUUUGGCUUCGUUACAACUAGAUAAGGAAGGCUUAAAAGAAAAUUUAGGUGAGGCGCAAAAGACCUUGAAAAAUCUACAGCAGAAGGUGGACAUUCUUCAAAAACAGUAUGCCGAAAUGUGCUCCUUGUGUCAAAAGACUAAACAGCAAUUGGAACUGGAGAAAAUCGAGAUUGCCAAAAUGAAGCAAAACGGUUCCUUAAAGGAAAGUGAGCUAAUGGAGAAACUCAAAGAUUAUGCAGCGCAGUGUGAUGAGCUGAGAAAAGCGUUGGCCGAAGCAGAGUCCCGUAUCGAUGUCCAAAUCAAAAAGACAGAGGGCUGGCAAGUGCAGUUGAAACACAACCAAGCGACCCAAACGGACCUCGAAGAUCCGAUUUUAGUUCAACGCAUUGAGACUUUGGAACAACAACUAGCGGAUGUCAGGAGCCAAAAAUUGCACACAGUUUCGCUGCUCCAAAUACUGCUUCAACAGCAAGAAGCUAAAAUCAAGAGCACUAACGAAAUGGAAGCAGACUGGCAACAACUGUUAGAUGCUCUGCAAGCUACUCAAAGCUUGGAGCAGGAAAUGCGAUCAGAACUACAGCAUAAGACGGUUGAAUUGGAGCACCUGAAUGAAUUGUUCGCUGGACAAAAUGAUGAACUGCAAAAGCUCCAGAAAUUGAGCCAAGCGCAGGACGAGGAAAAUCGACUAGAGUUACAGCUUUUGAAGAAAACAUUCCAAGAGAAUCUGAAGAUAAACUCCGCUGCGUCGAUUAACAUGCAAAGGCUGCAAGGCCAGGUAAAGUCUUUGCUAGAUGAGAAGGAGGAAAUUGCGCGAGAAGAACGCAAAGCAGUAGAGUGUUUGCGAUCUCUUGGUCACGUUCUUGAGAUGGAAACAGGAAGGAGGCUACCACAUAUAAAAAGCUGGCCUCAGUUGGCCAAAAUUCUUCGAAAGGAACUGCGAAAUGGGAGGGUUAACAAUCGAAAGGCUGAAGAGCUUCCUGGGCUUAAAAUGAAGCUGGCGGAGAUCAGCGGAAGGCAUCAGCAAGCUUUGUCAAAAAUUAAGUGUCUGGAGCACACUUUGGUAAUGGAGCGAGCGCGGUUUGAGGCCUCGGACUCGGGCAAAUCGACGGCUAGCAACACGCCCCAGGAACCCGCCCAUGAAGUGGCUAAUCUUAUUGAUGACUACAAGAAGCUCGUUCAGCAAACCGCCAAUGAAACAUGUCGCCCUCGCAACAGCUUCAUAUUCGAUCUGAUUGAGCGGAGUCAGCGAUGCCAACCGAAUUUGUGCCAAUUAGGCGAGGGUAUUUCCGCCUGCCAGUCUGAUAUGAAGGAGCUAAGCAGGAUUAUUAUUGCUGGUCGGGAACGGAGGAGAGUGGAGCCCAUGCCCUCCCUCAUGGAUGAACUUCGAGCGGUGGCCGAGCACUCUUAGACGAGCAUAAUUUAGUUUUCAGUCAAAUACUUAUAAAUUUCCUAUUUAGUACCUAUUUGUUUAGUCUCAAAUUUUGUUUUCCUAAAAGGGGCAAUUAGUGAAUUGAGUUUUUGUGCCUAGUCUCAUAGGCCUAAUUUUCAAUCAGAUCCAACUUAGUUCAAUUUAUAUAAAUAUUUAUUUUGUUGUCUUUUGUGUUCGUUAUCUUUAUUUAUGUGUAACGCAUUCUGUUAGUUUCACCAAUUCUAUAUACAUACUAAUUGCCAAACUAUACCAAUAUUUUUUCUACAAGAUAUAUAAACCAUUGUUGGUUGCCAC